CCUCCCCCUCGCCGCCCUGCGGCUAUUCCUCGCGUCGCUGCUGCAGUGAAACCCACGGAAACGGGCGGAAAAUAGGUUACUCUGCUGUCGUGUCCAAAACAGCCUAUUCUUUACAAAACAACAAGACCAGGAGCAGAAUUUCCCUCUUAUUUUUGUGCUCUCAUUUACUGCUGUUCAUUUCCGAAGCGGAAUUCCGUCGCGCAGGCAGCAAAAUGGGAAAUGAGGCAAGUUAUCCCCUGGAAAUGUGCUCACAUUUCGAUGCUGAUGAGAUUAAAAGGCUGGGAAAGAGGUUUAAGAAACUCGACCUAGAUAACUCGGGAUCCCUCAGCGUGGAUGAGUUCAUGUCCUUGCCCGAGUUACAGCAGAAUCCACUGGUGCAGAGGGUCAUCGAGAUAUUCGACACGGACGGCAACGGAGAGGUGGACUUCAAAGAGUUCAUCGAGGGCGUCUCUCAGUUCAGUGUGAAGGGUGAUAAAGAGCAGAAACUGCGCUUCGCUUUCAGGAUCUAUGACAUGGACAAGGACGGCUACAUUUCCAAUGGAGAGCUGUUCCAGGUGCUGAAGAUGAUGGUGGGCAACAACCUGAAGGACACCCAGCUGCAGCAGAUCGUGGACAAGACCAUCAUCAACGCUGACAAGGACGGGGACGGGAGGAUAUCCUUCGAGGAGUUCUGUGCUGUCGUCGGAGGUCUGGAUAUACACAAGAAGAUGGUGGUGGACGUGUGAGUCCAUCUCCAGCAGAUCCGCUUUCCUCUCCAUCCACGACGACCUGCUCCAGAUAUCCAGCAAAUGCUCUCUGUGUGUCUCAAUGGAAGUAUUUAAGCCACUUUUGUCCAAUAGAAGUAAGUGUAAGUGUUACUGAACUCCAGUCUGCUCUUAACCUGGUGUAGCACUCGAUGGGCUUACGGACUCCAUUCAAGAGGAAAGAGCAUCGGCUUCUUCAUAUUUAUUUAGGGUUUUUUUUUAUAUUUAUUUGGUUUCGUCUUUUUUAAGAUCUUAAGUAUGAUAUAAUAAGUAUAUGUAGGUAUGAUGUGCCAAGAAGAAAACCAUCAGAACAGUGCUGUGCAGAAGCUUGUUCGAUCGCAUGACGUAAAGACGUUGGCUUCCUUCUGUUACACUUUGUGAUAUUACACUAUUUAUAUCAUUCUAGCAUUUAACCAUGUUUAAUAAGCGUUUUGUAUCAAUGGUGAUGUAAUGUUUAUAUUGUUAGGUCCGAAGUGUUGAGACGGUCCAGCAGAGAAAAAUGAUUGGGUUUACUUGAGAUCUAACAACCAAAGCUUUCAUCAUUCGAUCAGAUGAUUCGCUCGUGCCAUCUUUCUUUCCGUCGUCUGUAGUGCGUGGAUUAUACCGAUGGCCAUCUUUUGUGACGGCAGCAGGAGAUCCUCAAAACCUCUGAAUGUUUACACGCAUGAGAGGAGCAGCGUAACCAAAUUCAUCUCUGAUCUCAGCAUAUGGAUGUCAUACGUCAGUAAUAAUGCCACGUCUGAGGCUUCUGCUGUAUCUGUGCUUGCUUUUUGCAUGAUUACUUUCAUCUGUUCCAAUGGUUUACACCUAAGCUGUGAAAUUUCUAUCUGAUAUCAAGAGAACUAUGAAAUGCAUUACAUAAGUUGCCAAAUUAGAUUCAAACAGACAUCUAUUGCUUUCGGAUUCAGCUCACAUCAUUUGCCCAUUCGUUUUGUAAAUGCAGAUUUAACAGGUUCUUUUGGUGAAUGAAAGCGUGUCUCAUACAUAUGAAGCUCGUCAGUUAUGGGAUGUCUAUUCUGCAUGCUGCAUCAAUGCAACUAUUAUGGGAUAUAUGGACUGCUUGAUACCUUAUGAAACAAUAAACAUGUAAAACUUUA